AGCAACAAGUCUCAAAAUCGUUUUAUCAAUGUUGACUUUGAUGUGAGGACUUCUCUCUAUCGCGGACGUUUCAUCCACUGGAGUUUGCAUCUGAGACUUGAGACGAUAAAUUGGAUAUGAAUGAUUCUGACUGAUAGAGUCUACAAAAAUAAGUGAGAUAAUUGUUCUAUAAACAUCGUUUGAAAAUAAAACGUCUAAUUAUUACUGCAUUACUACAGUGAGUUCUCUAUAGUAGACCCAUAGAGACAGUCAGAAGUCUCUCGGUCUUUCACACUGCUGAGGCUUUACAAGGAAGUAUUUAUUGAGACUGCUUUUUCAGUCGUUUUUCGAAUAUUUUAUGAAAUAAUAACUUUUAGUGUGAACUCAUGAGGAGAAUGCUGUCGAUGCAAAUAUUUCAAAAAUCAUUUUCUCAGCUACAGUUUCCGGAUGGAACACACACACGGAUUCAAAACUGAAGAAUCAGACAAUGCGAAGGCGAGCAACCGCACAGUUCGCUCGCCGGAGCCUCGCUGUGGUAGUGUGGAGGACUUCAUGCCGGAUGAGGGCGUUGGUGAGGUCGAUGUCUACAGAGUCCUCGACACGGAUGAUCUCGACCUCCUCGACGCUGACUCCAACUACUUCUUCUCAAGCGAUGACUGCUACAUUGUCAAGUACAGAUAUCCGCUCGCACAGAGACAGAAUUAUGUUCUCUACCUCUGGCAGGGCAGGGACAGUGUACUCCCACUGAGGACUAGAACUUCUUUGCUUGCUAGAAAACUGAACAGAGAGUUGUCUGGCUAUGCUACCCAAGUGAGAGUCUUACAAGGACAUGAGCCUUCACAUCUCCGUCGGAUUCUCAGAGGUAACAUGAUUGUCUAUCUGGGUAAUAGAGCUAGCCUUCUCAGUGGACCAGAUUAUCCCUGCAGACUCAGAGGAACAAGGCUAUUUCAGAUAAGAGGAUCAUGUUUUAGCGACGGUGAAGCAAUUGAGGUUCCAGCUGUUGCUUCAUCACUCAACUCUGAAGACGCUUUCAUUCUGGACGCAAAUCCCAACACUUAUAUUUGGCGUGGUCAAGGCUGUACAACGUUGGAAAGACAAAUCGCAGAUACUGUUUCGAAAGUAAUUUCACCUCGUGGCCACAUAUUCAUCUUGGAAGAAGGACAAGAGUACCCAGAUUUCUGGACAAUUCUCGGCGGAAAGUUGACGUAUCCUCACUCUUACGUCACUCAACAGGUUGUCAGUAGGUUGACACCCAAGAUAUACCACUGCGUUGUGGUUCAACAAAGCCUUCGCUUAGAUGAGUAUGAUCACUUCGAUCAACAUUUUCUUCUGGAUGAUGAUGUCAGUAUUAUUGACACUGGAGAUGACAUCUAUGUCUGGGUUGGACUACAUGCAUCCGAACUUGAAGAAGAACUAGCUGUUGAGAAAGCCCAAGCACUUAUCGACUUGAGACUUGGCCAACUGACUGACAGUGUGGUGAUUGUAGUGAGGAGAGGCUACGAGCCAUCUCCACUCAUAAGUUUGUUCCCUUCUUGGAACAUUGAAUACUGGUCGAGUGAAUCGUCAUUUGAAAGUAGCAGCAGCUUCAUUGAUCACGGUUCGUCCUCAGGAGAGUUCAUUUCGUCAGGAAGCCUGGACUUGAUUGACUCCCCAGAAAUCGACGACAUCAGUCAUCUGGAAGCUGAGUCCAAGCACCCUCAUCAUAACGUCAGUGCUCCUGGUGCAAAAAUCAAAGACGACAAAAAGACCAAAGACAAGGAUCUUCUGAAGAAUCUCAACUAUGACAAAGAGAACAUAGAGGUGUUCGACAUGGAAAGCAUUCAGAAGAAUGGAGACAAAAGUAAUCAUACUUACGAUUUCGGAGCAGAGCUGGAGAAAAAGAAUGGAAAUAAUGAUGACAAUACAGACUUCAAAUUUGAAAACGAUAAGUUCAAUUAUGAUAGCAGCCCCAAGAUUCAUUCGAAUAAUAGCUUUGCAAACCGGAGAAUUGACAACUUUUAUGGCGCAACUGGAGAGGAAGACUACAAAGAUGUUAGUUACAAGGACAAUUCGGCCGAAGAAAUAAAUUAGUCUCCAAAAAUUGCCAUUUCUCAAUUGUAUCAUGCACUCAUGUAAAUUAUUGUUGAUUAACUGAUCUCCAGUUUUUAUAUCAUUGUCUUUCAUAAUUAUAAGGUAUUUUAUAAUACAAUAAAGUCUCUUUAUAAGAUCCAUUACAAAUUAUGCUAAACUUUUUCGUUUAAGACUAGACUUUUGUAAUCAAUUAUUUAUUGUAUGAAAUAUAAACCAUGUAUUUUCAAUAAAUAAUCAAUAAUGUA